UAUCCCGGCCCUAGUUACAGACCUCCCUAUAACUUGGAUCUAUUCAUAAUUUCUCAUUGAUUUUCAUUCCCCAUCGCUUUGGAUUCCCUAUUCUUCUUCCGUCAAAACCCUAAAUUUUUUCGCAGGAAUAGAGGGGAUAUUUUAUGGCAUUUGAAUGCAAAGUGAAUACCGAUAUUGCUGUCACAAAGGAUUCAGAAGUUGAUUCAAACCAUAUUGUUUCAUCUGGAAAGAGUUUGGUUAUAGAUUCAGAAACCGUAGUUACGAAUUCUGGAAAAUUGAUACAUUCUGCAAAGUUACCGAUUGAUGCUUGCUUGUUGAGUGAUCAUAGAACGAUUGCAGACCUUCCUCCAGCGUUAAUAUCUGAGAUAUUUAACUGUCUUGAUCCCAAGGAGCUUGGGGUUGUUUCCUGUGUGAGUCCGUCUUUGUAUCGGAUUGCGUCUGAUCAUCACGUUUGGAAGGAGUUUUACUGUGAGAGAUGGGGACUCCCGACAGGAGUCCCCGUCUCUUUAAAUGCUGAGUGUUCUGAUGAGAGAUCUUGGAAGGCAUUAUUUGUGGAACGGGAAUUCCGGAGCAAAACAUUUCUGGGCCGGUAUACAAUCGAUACGCUUUACGGUCAUACAGAACCCGUUCGCACUCUUUUUGUUUUGCUCUCGAAAAAGCUUAUAAUAACUUCCGGUUAUGACUCGAUUAUUCGAAUGUGGGACGUUGAAGAUGGUUAUUCAAUCGCUUCAUCUCGACCUCUGGGUUGCACCAUCCGAGCCGUUGCAGCUGAUUCUAAGCUGUUAAUUGCUGGCGGGUCUGAUGGGUUUAUACAUGGCUGGAGAGCUGAAGAAGGACACCCUCACUUGUUUGACAUAAAAGGACCCCAAAACCAGAACACCGAGUUUCGACUUUGGGAACAUCAAGGCCCGAUAACUUGUAUCGGGCUAGAUUCAUCUAGGAUUUACAGCGGGUCAUGGGACAUGACCAUACGCGUCUGGGAUCGUGUCUCGCUCAAGUGCUUGACUGUCUUGAUGCAUAACGACUGGGUGUGGAGCCUGGUCCCACAUGAUGGUACUGUAGUAAGUACUUCUGGUUCAGAUGUAUAUAUCUGGGAGACUAAUACCUUUUCACUUAUUGACAUUAUCAAAGAUGCCCAUGUGGGUAAUGCUUAUUCUCUAGCUAGAAGUCACACCGGUAAUUUCAUCUUCACUGGUGGUGAAGAUGGUGCUAUACAUAUGUUUGAGAUUACUAGUAAUGGAUGUGGUUCAGUUCGCCGGCUAGCAACGUGGGGUCCACAUACGGGUCCUGUAUAUUCUCUUUCUUUUGAGUUUCCAUGGCUAGUUUCUGCGUCAAGUGAUGGUAAGCUUUCACUCAUUGAUGUCAGAAAGCUGCUGAAGAACAUCCGACAUUCUUCAACAAAAACUAAAAAACGCGAUUCUUCAAGUGGAAAUAAUUUGGACCAGAAGAAUAUGGAGCCGCCACAAAGAAUGUUACACGGGUCGGGUGGGAGUUUAUUCUGUGUAGGAAUCGGUGCUGACCGGAUCAUAUGUGGUGGGGAAGAGGGUACAGUUAGGAUUUGGAAUUUUUCGCAAGCUUUUGAAAUGGCAAAAAGAGUAUCGGCUUUAAAGGCGUUGCGUUUUGAGAACCGAAUGAGGAGGCGUAAGCUUCAAAAUGAGAUGGAUAGUAAAGGUCAAAGGGUUGACCCAUGUGUGAUUGCUGCUAAAAGCCAGAUGAGUGGUGAGAGAAAUGGUGUGUGGUACAACAAACGUGGGUUGACUCGCAAGGUCAAGGGUUGACUCGCAAACGUGCAAGGUCAGUCGGCUGAUUUGUUUGUGAUGGUGGUUCUCUGGUUGAAGCUUUUACUUUUGAGUCCCUUCAUAUGUUGUGUUGCCUGCACCAUAUCUUCUCUGGUAAAACUUUUAGCCAUCUGUUUUAGGGGAACUAUUUUUUUGUAUUGCAUUUUUAUUUUAAACUUAUUGCAUUUUAACACAUAAAACAUCAGAAAACUUGCCUUCAGCUUU